AUGUCGAAUCUCGAAGCUGGUGAGCAGCAAAGCUCACGCGAAGCGCAGUCGCCGGUGGAAAAUGGCGACAGCAGCAAGGAGCAACGGCACGCUGCGGCGCUCAUUCAGAAGAACUACCGCGGAUACCGGGAGCGGCGACAACUGGAGGGAAUGGGGCUGGACGCCAGUUCACCGAAAUGGAGAAACGCAACGAAACCGAUUCCCCGUUCUGAACGACCAACACGCGACACGUUAACUACCCCCGAACAACGUUCAAGAGCAGCAUCCGAUGCUGCUCGCCAGAACUGGAAACGCGUAGGCGAAAUCGCAAGACGAGCGGGCGGGGACGACCCAGUCGACGAGAUCGAAGACGACGAUGACCAGCGCACAAAAGCACAGCAAAAGGCUGAGCGGGAGAAGACGGCGAAGAUGAUGGACCUGCAGUACUUCCUUGAGAUGGUUGAUCAGAAACAUCGCUAUGGGUCCAACCUGAGAGCAUACCACGAGCAGUGGAAGAAGUCUGAGACAAACGAGAACUUCUUCUACUGGCUCGACUAUGGCAACGGCAAGGACUUCGAACUUCCGACAGUAUCACGAGAGCGUCUCGAAAAGGAGCAAGUACGUUAUCUAUCCAGGGAAGAGCGUUUGCAGUACCUGGUCAAGGUUGAUAACGAGGGGCGGCUGUGCUGGGCGAAGAAUGGCGAGAGAAUCAGUACAACCAUGGACUACAAGGAUAGUAUCAACGGCAUCGUGUCCAAGGACGACAGCACGCCUGCUUAUGCUCCAGGUGGGAAGCUUGAGAGUGGUCCUAUUCGCAGAAGCUCCACAGACUCAUCCAGCUCCGAAUCUUCUGCAGAACACAGCGAUGUGGAAGGGGAGCAUUACGUGAACCACGACCUGAAGCAGUCUAAGGGGUUGGCUAAGAUCAAAUACGUGUCGGCUGCGACCGUGCUAAACCACUUGUUGAGAGGUUCCGUAAAGCCAAACUCGUGGAUCUUUGUGGCCGACACCCAGUUCCGUCUUUAUGUUGGUAUCAAGCAGUCGGGUGCCUUCCAGCAUAGCUCCUUUCUCCAUGGUGCUCGGAUCUCGGCCGCAGGUCUAAUCAAGAUCAAAGAUGGGCAACUGCGUCGACUGUCUCCCCUGUCAGGUCAUUAUCGGCCUCCUACGAAGAACUUCCGCGCCUUCGUACAUUCGCUCAAGGACAAUGGGGUGGACAUGUCACGUGUCUCCAUAUCACGAUCUUACGCAGUCUUGGUAGGUCUUGAGAUGUACGUGAAGACACGCAGGAAAGUCAAGCAUGGUAUCGAACACGCGCACAACUCCGAAAUCAAAGUAAUGCAUCCAGAAGAAUACGAAAAGAAGAUUGAAGAGUCCAAAGACAAGAGUAAGAGCGCGCAGAAGGAGCGACAACUCAUUGCUGCCCACAAUGAGAAGCAUGAGGCGGAGAAGCGAGAAAAGAGCUGGAGACGCAAAAUCUGGCACAAAAUACGUCACCCUUCCGUUUCGUCGAGGGAGGAUGUGAAGGAGAAGAAGCACAAGGAUCCUGUGAGCAAGUCGGGACAAGAUGUGGAGAGCGGGAUCCCGCCCUCUGGAAAGCGUGCGUCGCUUGGCGGUACCUGA